AUGGCAUGUAUUGACAAAUGUGAUGAAAAUGGUGAGAUUCUCAGACAAGAUCCUCAAGUCUCUCCAAUAGGGUGUUUUGUUCGUAACAAUUCUACUUAUGAUAAAUUCAAUGGUCUUGCAAUGUUGAACAGUCCGAGCAGACCUAGUUUAAUAUUCCCUGAUCCUUACACUACUCAAAAUAAUCGUAUUGUAGGAUUUUGCCUUAAAACUUGCAUAGAUCUUAAAUUUAAUUAUGCUGCUGUGGAGAAUGGUAUUAACUGUCGUUGUGGAUAUGCCGAUGCUCUUCAAUCUUAUACAAAGGUUGAUGACGACAAUACGUGCAAUAUAUUGUGUACUUCUAAUACUUUAACCGGCAAAGUGACUUAUCCAUGUGGCGGAAAGGGAGCUUAUACAAUUUAUAAAGCCGAAUUACAAUAUUACACCCCACCUUACAAUAUUACUAUUGAGGACAAACUCAAUAUUAUGUACAACAUUGAUAAGGAUAAAAAAAUGUAUCCUUACUACAAAGGAUGUAUUCAGGAUGAUAAAUAUUGCGGUAAAAGAGUCUUAGGCAAUAGUUGUUUGUCAUCUGAAUCUAUGACAGUUGAUGAAUGUAUAGAUAAUUGUCGUAAAGAUAAUUAUAAAUUUGCUGGACUUGAAGCAAGAACUCAAUGUUUUUGUGGCAAUUCCUAUAACAGCAUAAAUCGACUCAUAGGUUCAGAACAGUGUAGAGCUAGUUGUCCGGGUAAUAAUUCUCAGAUUUGUGGAGGCAUUUGGGCUCUAAGUUUAUAUGAAGUUCCACUUCCUCUUCCUGCUGAUGAUACUACUGAUACUACUGGUUUAAAAAUCGGCCUGAGUAUUGGAAUUCCUGCAUUUAUAAUUGUAGUCAUUGUAAUCGCGUUUUUAUUCAUCAGAAGACGCUCAAGGCAUAAUAAAAAUGAAUACGAUGAAGAUGACAAUGACGAAAAUGAUAAUUAUGAAGAUGAUAAUGAUAAGGCCCAUCGAUGA